AUGAUCUCCUCUACGCUCGUUAACGCCCUGAGCUUGCUGCUAAUCGGGGCACACCAUGUCCGAGCCAGCACAGUCAAGAUUGGAUCCUCGGUCAAAGCAGACACCGAAUUUACAGUUACCGUGGACACUGACGGCCUGGAUAAAUGGGGUGGCUCUGAACGCUGGAGCAAGUUCAAUGUCUUCCUGGCAUUGCAAUUGCCCGAUACCGCCAAGACCGAAAGCCAGGUGUGCGUUCUGGCGAAUUCGACCGACCUUGGGAGUCUCUCCGGAACUAAGACCCCAAAGGUCAAGAUCCCGGCCGACGCAGUUCCUGAUGGUGCGAAAGUCAUGGCCAGCGUGAUCAUAUACGAGUCAGAUCCCUACGGAAACCUCACAUCCGGGAACCGGUACAGUGGCAAGGCUACAUUCGAGGGCGGAAAAGCUAAGUGGGCAGAGUUUGAAAACCAAGGCCGCUCGUUGUUGCUGCCGGAACGCACCCCCUGCACUUCUUACGCUUGUGUCCGAGAGUGCGGCGUGAAGCAUUGGGAUGAAUUCAAGGAGAUCAAUAGUUAUGAUGACUAUAAGACUGUCUACGAAUGCAUGGCAUCGUGCUCUGGUACUACCUUCGACCCUUGGAGCGACUGGGUUGCCCUCUAUUACGGCGGUGAUUACUACGGGACUGUCAAUGACACUGAUUCAGCGAGCACUACAUCUGCUACCUCGGCCUCAGCUACGGCUUCGACUACCACUAGUGUUUCUCAGACCAGUUCUUCUGCUUCUGCUUCUUCCACCAGCACCGAUACAGGCGGUGCCGGUCAACUAUUGGCUGGGAACUUUGGCUCGAUCGUGGCGGUGAUGCUUUCUGGCAUCGCCAUGUUGUAG